GAGUGGAGGAGAGCGAGCGAGAGAGUCAGAGAGACGAGACGAGAGGAGACGGAGCGAGAGUGCGGAGUCGAUCCGCGGGGAACUCGGUUCCCAGGAUCCCGAGACCAGGGACCCGAACAGUGACCAUCAUUGUGCUGAAACCCUGCCAACGAUCAGCAUCGACUGCUGCCUUCGUCCACCUCGUCAGCUGUAGUCUUCGUCAGUCACCGACCACCACCACCACCACCACGGCGAAGACGUCGUCAGAAGACCUCUUCAUCUCUCAACCGACCUCGUCUCUGUCGACAUCGUCGGCUGUCAUCGUCAAUUGUCGGUCUCUACCUCAUCGCCAACAUCAUCAUCAACGUCGUCGUCGUCAUCAUCAUCAAGAGUCACUGUCUUCAUCGUCGUCAUCAGCGGACAUCAUUGCUCAUCGAUGCCAUUAAUCGUCGUCAUCACAAUCGACGGUUAAUCUUUGAUCGUUAUCAAGUGUCACCUCACACCGCCACUCAUCGAUCAGCGUCUCUAUCAGCGAUUUUAUUCAAUCAUCAAUCAUCGUCGUCGUCGUCAACGCUGAGCUUUGUCAAUACUCAGCAUCAUCAUCGUCGUCGUCACCAUCAUCGGUGUUAUUCAAUCAUCGACUAUCAUCUCGCGCAUCAACGGACUACCUCAAUCACCAAACCAUCGACCAAUCAACCGCCAACCAUCGACAAAUCAACCGCCAACCAUCGACCAAUCAAUCACCAACCUUCGACCAAUCAACCACCAACCAUCGACCAAUCACCCGCCAACCAUCGACCAAUCAACCGCCAACCAUCGACCAAUCAACCACCAACCAUCGACUAAUCAACCACCAACCAUCGACCAAUCAACCGCCAACCAUCGACCAAUCAACCACCAACCAUCGACUAAUCAACCACCAACCAUCGACCAAUCAAUCGCCAACCAUCGACCAAUCAACCGCCAACCAUCGACCAAUCAAUCAUCGACCACCGACCACCGUCGCUGCUGCCGAGCCAUGGAGCUGAGCGCGGACGCCGCUCGCCCCUGGCUGCCGCACCACGUGGUGCUCACGGGGGACCAGGGCGGCGGAGGGGUGGACCCGGGAGUCGGGGUGGUGGGGGUCGGGUUUGUGGGGGGCCCCUCGCACCCCCACGCUCUCCCUGCCGCCGCCGCCGCUGUUUCUUCUCACUGCUUCGUGGACGCGGCUCAGCUGCGGGGCUCCGAGGAGGCGGGCGACGCCUUCCUGGGGGGCGCGGAGCAGCGCCGCACUCCCGUCGGGGGGCUCCUCUUCCCCGCGGCGCAUGGAGGUUACCGCACCCCCACGCACGUCCGCCAGGUGUGCCGGCCCCAGGUGCUGCAUGGGGCCGCGCUGUCCACGUGGCUGCAGGAGAAUGGACGCGGCCUCUCCCCGCACACCGCGUGGAGCGCCGCACACGGCGCCUUCACGAAGCCCGGCGGCCUCAUCAACCACACGAGCAGCAGCACAUCGGCAGCGGCAGCGGCAGCAGCAGCGGCGGCGGCUCACGGAGGAAUGUACGCAGGCGGUGGAGGUGGAACAUCGCUGUCUCAUAGCCCCCUGGUCUACGGCUUCCCACCCACCCCGCCCAAAGACCCAUCGCCGCAUCACCAUCAGCAGCAACAGCAGCACCAUCAGCAGCAGCAGCAUCAGCAGCAUCAGCAGCAGGGCCUCCACGCGGCUGCGGCGAGACGCGCGGACGAGUGCAAAGAUUCGGAGGCGCUCAAACUGGAGUUGAACCCGGGUCACAGGAGCACCCAUCAUCACCAUCCCAUCGCCACGUACGCGGCGGCUUACCAUCCUCACCACCCUCACCAUCCUCACCCCCACCAUCACCACGCGCACCACCCGCUGGGAGAGGGCGCCCCCUCGCCGCACGGGGCCCUGGCCGCUCCCCUCUUCCACCCCGCGGACCUCUACGGGGGCCCCGGAUUGAGUUUCAUCCCCAAAUCAAGAAGCAAGAGCCGCUCGGCCACGGAGGGCCGCGAGUGCGUGAACUGCGGCGCCACGUCGACGCCGCUCUGGCGCAGGGACGGCACGGGCCACUACCUGUGCAACGCGUGCGGCCUCUACCACAAGAUGAACGGGCAGAACCGGCCGCUCAUCAAACCCAAGCGGCGCCUGUCUGCCGCAAGGCGGUCCGGGACUGCGUGCGCCAACUGCCUGACCAGCACCACGACGCUGUGGAGACGGAACGCGCACGGGGACCCCGUGUGCAACGCGUGCGGACUCUACUUCAAGCUCCACAACGUGAACCGACCACUCACCAUGAAGAAGGAAGGAAUUCAAACGCGAAAUCGCAAGAUGUCCAGCAAGAGCAAAAAGAUGAGGAGGAGCGGCGCUGACGGAGCCCUCAGUGACCCCGAAGAUCUGAUGAUCAAGCACUACCAUCACCAUCAGCAGCAACAGCAACUCCAUCACCACCACCAGCACCACCACCACCAUCAGCAGCAGCAACAACAACAACAACAGCAGCAGCAGCAACAGCAGCUUCUCCAGCAUCAUCAACAUCAUCAGCAUCAUCUCCACCACCACCCACAUCAUCACCAGCAUCAGCAGCAGCAUCAUCAUCAGCAGCAGCAGCAGCAGAUGGACAAAACGUUGCCUGUGGGUGGGAUGUCUCACCUGGGCGUGGGACACCUGGACACGGCGAUGCACGGACACCUGGGCCACCUUGGCCAGCUGGGUCAGCUGGCUCCGUUCGGCUCCCCCGUGGCGCACGCCCACGCGGGGCUGCCCUUCGUGUCGCCGCACCACGCCGGCAUGAUCACGGCCAUGGGAUAGCGGUGGAGAAGACCGUAAGGGAGUACGUCUGUGUGUGUGUCUGUGUGUCUUUCUCUGUCUGUCGAACUUUGUUUGUGUCUCUGUCAUUGUGUGUCCGUCUGCCGGUAUGCGUCUGUUCAUCUUGUUCGUCUGCGUCUGUCCGUUUGCCUGUCUGCCCCGUGCGUCAGUGAAUCUGUCAGUCUGCGCAUGUUUCUCUGCGCAUGUCUCUGUUUGUGUGUACGUCUAUCAGUCUGUGUGUCAAUCCAUCUGUGUGUCAAUCCAUCUGUCGGUCUCAAUGUCUACCUGUACAGCUGUCUGUCUGUCUGUACAUAAGUCUCUGUUGUGCGUUUGUAUAUCUGUCUGUCUUGGGCCGCUUUCUUCCGAAAGGAGAGUAACUCCUGCACCACCAUCUUCACCACAUCACCAUGACACUCCCAUCACACGCCCACCAAAGCCUGCGACAUCACCAUCACACCCCCAUCACGGCGUGCAACAUCACCAUUGCGCUUCCAUCACACCGACAUCAGACUGCGCGCACAAUGCAUCGGCACGUUCGAGCUGUGUGUGUUCACUCCGCUGUGUGCAUCCCUCGAGGCGAGCCAGCUCGUCCUAUGUGCCGGGGCAAUCUUCCCAAUCGCCCCCCCCCCCCUUAUCCGUGUCCCCCCUAUCCCUGCCCCCCCCCCCCUAUCCCUGGGCCCUGCCCCCUCCACCCGUUUGCCACACUCACCACUCACCCAGACAUUUGUACACUUGGAAGCGUUAUUGUAUGCAACAUAGUUCUUAUUUAAACAACAAAAAUAUACUUUUUGGUGGAAUCACCGCAAUUCAGUCAUCAUUAUCGUUAAGUAUCACUUAUACCGAUUGUUUCACGACGCAGUUACAAAGUGAAAUCUCUGUUUUACGUUAAUAUCGUCGGCGCUGCUACCCACUGUGGUGUUCAGGGGGUCGGCUGCAUUGGACUUGCUAUGCAGAUUGUCGCCCGUUCGAUUCCAUCUCCGGGCGCGGCAGGAGUUCAAGCGACGGGGUAGGGUUCACGACGACAAAAAAAAAAUCCCCCUUUCUCCUACGCAACAUCUUUGUUGUUAUCCAGCAGUAGUAAUUCCGUGGGUUCGCCCGCAUGUUCAGUCGCCCGGCAGCAGGUCGCGUGCGGUGGAGUAAAACGUGGCCACAGAGAUGCCACUCUGGAGAGGGGGCAGCAGGAGAGCGACUCGCUCCGACUUGGAAGACCCCCCCCCCUCUCGCCCGCACGAGCCGGCAAAACUAAAUAACAAGAAGUGCCAAUUUGUUUUCGAAUUCGGUCAAAUAAAAAAAUAAAAGCCUUCUCAAGAAAUGUUUCAAGAACCUCGAUGCACGUGAAUGUGUCAGAGAUUAUAAUCACGACCAGACGAUACUCGCCUGACACGUGGCGGACACCGCGAAUAAUCACGAAGUAAACAAAAUAACAAUGCCCCCCCCCCCCCCCUGAUUGGUAACUUAACGAGGCCUGAUAGGGGUAUUGAUUAGAGGCAGGGGCAAUUGAAGCGGAUUUGGGAGGGAGAAAUGCAACGGGGAAAGAGCGAGAGACGGAGGAUGAUUGACAGGGAGGGUGGGUUGGGAUCCGUUGGAGUAAGGGGCCAUCCAUUUAGUACGUAUGCAUGGAGGGGGGGUUACCCCAAAUGCGUUCGCUUGCGUAAGAGGGUCUACUGACAAUGUACGCAUAGGAAACGGGGGGGGGGGGGUGAAGCCUCAAUAACAAUUUGAAUGAGUUAGAUAGUCCAGCGGUGGCCAAUCUGUUUGAUUAAACACGUCAAUCUUCUUGGUUCUUUCGAUAAAGUCACGCAGAAGGGAAAUAAUAAAAUAAAAAUAAAACAUAAUAAAAUGCAAUUCUCACGACGUUUCGGCCACAACGCAAGCAGCGUCUUUCCGACAGCCCUGUUCAGUGUCUUCAGCUGUGAGACAACAAGUCCUGCCGGGAGAAGUGGGACUGUGGGAGAGGUGUCACUUUGUAUGUCACCGUGCCCCUGACUGCAGCUGUCACGCGGCUCAGCAAAAUACGUGGCCAAGGUACGCAACUUAAUUCUUUAAUGCAGCCGGCGGUGGACUAUCUGUUUGCUUAAACACGUUAAUAUUAUUAAUCCUUGAUCGUUGCUGCGUGGAUUAAAUAUCGGCCGUUCUAUAGGAUUCGGGGAUGGGGGGAGGGGGUCACGUUUUUACGGAUUUUUUGCGUACCUACUCAAUGGAUGGCCCUAAAGUGGAAAGGUGAAUUGUCUGGAGGGAAAGUGGAAGGACAAGGAACCUUCGAGUAAGAAGGCUAGAGGGGUCUAUAUAAUAGGAGGGGGGGAUGGAAACGCGAGAGAUGGGGACGCUUGGAACGAAGGGAAUCCUUGAAGAGCGUGUCCGGUGCCGGAAUAAAUAAAGACUCCUCUCUUAUUCACGACAAAUGCCUGCGGUACAUACACUCCGUCACGAGGGAAUCCGUGAAGACAGCCCCCUUGCUUUAGCCGAGGGCCUUCAGUUGGCAAUAUUGGGAGCAAGCCAGAGCGGGCCUACGGCUUUUACCUAUUACGUGAUAAUAAUAAUAUUAGUAUUGUUGUUAUUCGAUUUGCUGCUCCUGCUACUGCUGUUGUUGCCUAUAUCAGCCCGUGAGCGCGAUGGCUGUGAUGUCUGUCCAGCUGUGUGCAUUGCUACAGUAUACGUUACAGUAUGUAUGCACUGCAUUUUGUAAACUGCAAUAGCCACAUUAAAGUUGUUUGUAUUCCU